UUGAAACGGCGGCAAAGCUUAAAAGAAAUGUAGAGGAUAAAGCUGGAGGACAAUGGCCGUGGAUGAGACCUCAAACAUAUGUUCUUUUGACCUUUAUUCUGAUAUUAUCGAAGACAAUUUUCAAGAGAGAGAAUCUUCCUACACAGAGCUUGAAGAAAAAUUCAAGGGAAUCCAGGAAGAAGUUUGUGUCCUAAGACAGCAGCUUGAAGAAGCAACAAGAAAAGUUAACUUAUUCCAAGAAGAAAACAUUAUAUUGAAGAAAAACAUAUCAUCUCUUCUGAAGACAGCUAAAUGUGAAAUCCAACGCAAGAGUGGCGAGAUCAAACGACUGCGAUCCUGCGUUGAGAACAGAUGGCGGCGUGAGCAACGUAAUUAUCUUCACCGGAGAAGCUAUCAUGAUCUCUCAAACUCACUAAAUGAAGAUGCAUGUGACAGUGUCACAGACGGAGUACCAAGCUCUGAGAAUAUUGGCUUUUCAAAAUACAGCUAUGGGAAGAAAAGCUCUGAUCACUUAAAUUCAACCAAUCAUAAAACAACUGUUGAGCAUAGAGAAAGUCCAAAGAAAGGUUUCAGCACUACAGGAAGAGGUGACAAAAGUGAAAGGAAUCCAGAUCAACAGAAAUCUAUAUGUCCACCCAAAGGUGGGAAAAACAUGGUAAUUCAGAAAAAGACAUAUAACAAGUCUGAUCAGAGGAACUUUGAAAUUGACAGCAAACGUAAGUCUGUAGAGAAAAAUCAUUCAGGGUGUAAACAUCGACGCAGUGACAGAUCAAUUGAUGUAAGUGGAGGUAGGCUUGACGGAAGGCGAGUGAAAAACCGAAUGAGGAGUUCUGAAAAUAAGGACAAAUCCGACAGAAAAAGAGAAUCUUCUAAGGGUAGAAUUCCAGACAAGGAAAAUGUUUCUUCUCAGGCAAGCUCACAUAAUUCAGGCUCAAGGAAAAGGCGACAUCAGUCAGAUUCUUCUUCAUCUUCUAAGAGGACAAAAACUAUAAAAUCCCCCCAGAGACCACCCGAAGGUAAAACUUCUUCUGUGAGGAAGUAUUUACAGGCGUCUCCUGUUUUACCUACAGCAUCAGAGCCAUCUGUUGAUGUAUGUAGACAAAAGACAGCAUCAGCAAUAGAGGCAGAGGACACAAAAACCAACGGUAAAGAUUCUAGGACUGUCACAGAGGUUGAGGGGAAAAACAAUGACCGAACGAGGCCUGGUUCAUUGGAGUUCAUUAUCACAAAUGCAGAUUCAAAAACAGCUGACAAAGUUGAACUAGCUAAAAAGGUUCUGCCAGAAUCCACAGUUUCUGUAAAUGCAUCAGUUGUGACCGUAUACACAAACAAUGAGGUAACACAGAGAGAUGAUAGAACCUUGAUAGGUAAGAAUAGUAGAAACCAUGACACAUACAAAUCUAAAGCUUCUGUUAGUGACCAUUAUCCGGGAGACAAACUUGAAACAGCAGCUUCUGGUAGCUUAACUGAUAAGACGUGUGAGUUUCAAGAGUUUGGUACUCCAAGAGUCAUAGGUGACAAAGAAAUUGAAUGUCAACCAUUUGUGAGUUGUUUGGGGGAUAAAGUGGAAACCAGUAAUCCGUUUCAUAUUAACUCGGAUUUAAAAACCCAUAUUGAAGCUAGUGUUUUGGAAAGUAACAAGUCCCCUUUGAAGGCAGAUUCUGCCACUGCCACAAAAGCUGAAGCGAAAAGCAGUUUGAAGAUAAGCCUUUCAUCUGGCAGCAAUGCCUCUGUUUCAUCCAGUUUAUGUGGAGGAGAUACUCUCAGGACACUUACCAAUCAAACUGCUAGCAACUGCUCAGUUUUGUCUGCUAAUGCUACAAGCUGCUCAUCGUCAGAGGUUUCGCUUGAAAGCUGUCAAAGAACAACGGCCAGACGAGAUUCUGUUUGCACGGUGACGUCCACAACACUGUGGGAGAGUAAUAAUGGUGUUACAACCUGGGUCCAAGGUGUUGAGUAUGUUAAUGGUGUGAAGAAGUAUCGCCUAAGAAUUUUAAAGCCUGGUGAAACGUUUGUUUCCUCCAGUGCUGAAAGCCUGCAAUCCUCCGACACUACCUCUCCCAGUAAAGGAUGUGCAAGCGAACUUACUAAGGACGACUUCAAGUCUGCGAUUUUGUCAGGAAGUAAUGAGCUUAUGGAUGAAGGAUCUUUGACGGAAAUUCGCCAAUGCUCAGCAUUAAAGGAACAGAUUGACGAUUGUCCUGCAGCAAUUUCACCCUUUAGAACUCCUGCUGAUACACCAUCACUUGACAAACUUCCAAACGCUGAUCAGGUUCCCUCAACUGAUUCCUCUCCUGUUGGUAAAUCUGUUGGAUCCCCAAAAGAAUCGAGUCUUUCUGUGAAGAUCUCAUGUAUGACAAUGUCACAGUGUGCUGUUGAUAGUGAAUGCACUGUUAUCAAGAGUAAACAUGAUGAAAGUAGCCCAAAGUCUCCAUGUUUCAUCAACACAUCAAAAACAGUUGGCGAGGAACAAAAAAACGAGGCAGGAUCUGCGAGGCGUUCUUCUACGGUCGGAAGGGAUUCAAAGAAACCUGACUGCCAUCAGUCACCGCCAUCCAGUCCUAAGAAACAAAAGUUGACUAACUCUAAAAGGUUAAGUUCACAAGGUCGAGGGGAUAGGAAGAUCAGGUCAAGACAAAGCUCCACCGUUGAGAACACAUCAUCAGAGAGAAAGGACUGUCGUGUGGCGGACCAACCACACAUGGGGCUGAACGAGACGAGCGAAAGUCUCAUGAGUAUACCAGAGGACGUAUAUGUGUUCAUAGGCGAGGAAAAUGACUCUCUUGAAACAAAUGGUUCACCAGGAAAAAGUGAAUGCAUCAGCGAUGGACGAGCUGAUAUGUGCGGAAAGAGAGAGGCUGGCAAGGUGUCGACAUCAAUACCUUUGGCAGGCACUGAAGAGGGAGGCGAAUCCCUGUCAGACAAAGAACAAAGAUUUUCCUCUACCAGCUUUUCACAUACUGUGGAGAAAAUAGAAUCACUAAAUGGCUCUGUGGUAGGAAAUGCUAAAUGUUCACCAUUUCUUUCAAAGAACGAUGUUGGACAUUCAGAUCUAGGUGAUUUAAAGGGCAACGAAGAUUAUUUGAGUGAAGAAUCAGAAAUUGAGGACGGUGAGCUCACGAGUGAUUCAGAUUACCUCAUUCAACAAUCUCCUCAGAUAGCAGCACAGAAGUCACCAACUUUGCGUUCAUCAAGUGACCAACCUAUUGUUGAUCUCCGACAAAAGCUUCUUGCGGGAAAAAGAGUAGAUGCGAAGCCUUCUCGCGAGAGUUCUUGUCGUGUUUCUUCUGUUGGUCACUUCCAAUCAGUACGUGAAAGACAACGGUCGUCUGAAUGUCGCCAUGAGCGGAGCAAGAGUCCCUCAAUACACCGGAUCAAAUGUCAGUCUGCUAAACAACCACCAAGGCACGGCCACCAAGAUCUUCAUAAUCAAUCAUCAUCAAACCGUCACCGCGACUGGGAAGAGCACGUGACGUCACCAGAUGGCAACAGACACCGUGGGAGAAUCAGAAAUGGCCCCGCUCGACUCAGUUUUACUGAAAGUCGUCAUCGUUCAAGUUCACCAAAACCAAGCUCAGUUAAGGAUCGUGAUUACCAAUCAGGCUGCAGUUCAAAUCGGUCCUCACGUAGGGUCAGCGAGGACAGGGAUAGGUCUUGUUGCCAGACAAGAAGCAGAAGUAAUUCAUCCAGUCGUUCAACUCAAAGCCAUCGCAGCGACUUGUCUGCAACCGAAACUUGCCACUGUUGCACAAGGCACCAAGAAAGGACUAGAAGUCCCCAGCAUUGCGAAAGAAGAUGUACACGUCACGGUGGGGAGAGGUAUGUAAGCAGAAGCCCAUCUCCCAGACGAACCCAUCGCUAUCGCAAAGAUGACAUGGGACAUCGCCUCUCACCUCACAGACGCUAUUCUUCACGGCCUCGCCACGAUCAUAUGGACAAUCCCACACAUAGAUCUUCAGCACGAAGACCAACCAGUCCACCUCAUACUGUUCAUUCUUCGGGACGGUCAAAGGUAUCGCCUUACCACACACGUGGCAAAGACAGUGAAAAAGUAACAUCUCACAGAACAACAGGGGAGAGGGACAAAACAUCACGUAACUGCUCAGGAUCUGAAAGAUAUCCUACGCGAGGUGCGGCAGAAGAUAAGGAAAGACGGCGCCCGCCUGUUGAGUCUAGGGAACGCGAUCGAAAUGCGCGUGUUAAAUUCGAUAGCCUCCGGAGUGACAAAACACUAAAGUAGAUAUGUAAAAUUGACCACAUAUAACCAAUGGCAGGACUCAAAUAGGAUAUGGUUGACCGUUGUUAUUGUUUUUAGUGUAUCUUAUUUAUGCCUAAACCCUGAUUUAAUUGGAGCUCAGGCCAUAUAUUCCUCUGAUGUGUUUUAUCUAAUUUACCUAAAUGUACACAUGUAAGGGUUUUCCGAAAAUGCUUUAAAGUCUUUGUGACUAUAAUCCCUUUCACAAUUCAUCAAGAUUCAUUUGAGCUUAAAGCCUUGUAAGUGUUAUAAUUUUAGUAGUUCACGUAAUCAACCAUAUAUUUUACAUGUACUAAAUCCAAUGGGCAUUUUUAUAUACUUGCGAAUUAGCAAACAGAAACGUAACAUACUUUCCCAUUUAAUUUAUAUUGCAGACAAUACUUUCCUCAGAAUGGUGAUUCGGGAAUUCCUUGACUGAAUAUU